AUGGGCAUGAAUUUCUGGCACUCAACGCACUAUUUGUACUGGAUGAAAGAUGUGACAAAGGCCGAGUUGCGUAAAAAGAACCCGCUGGACCGCAAACACUUGACGGACGAUGAGAUUGACAGCAUCCAUCUUGCCAACAUUUCACUGCUUGAGGAGAUUGGGCCACGAUUGAGGGUUCGCCAGAUUAUUAUUUAUACGGCCAUCAUCUUCUAUCGUCGUUUCUAUCAGACCCAGAGUUUUGUGAACUUUGAUCCCCAUUUGAUUGUCGGAACGGUGUUCUUUCUUGCUUCUAAGGUCGAAGAGAGUCAGCUCUCAUUGACAACAGUCGCGUCUGUUCUUCAUCAUUAUACCACAACUGGUGUGGAUGAAGAUGAGUCCAUGUACACGUUCCAAGACAAGGACAUUCUUGAGUGUGAGUUUUACGUGAUUGAAGCGCUGCAGUUCGAUUUGAUCUUGCACCAUCCGUUUCCAUCUCUUCUCCAGAUGCUGGACGAGUUUGAAAUUCAUGAAGAAUGCCUUCAGCUUGCAUGGCAAUUAGUACAAUAUUCUUAUCGGACGGACAUCAUACUUCUUUAUCCACCAUUCAUGGUAGCGUACGCGGCCGCCUACAUUUCUUGUCGAGAUGCAGGCUAUGACGCUGAACAGGUGUUUGCUAGUGUCAACAUUAAGAAAGAAAUGCUACUAAAGGUCGUUGUAGAAUUCCAAGAGGCUGUCGAGGAUGAAAAGAAGCUGUAUAUAGUGCAAGCGACAGCCAUAGAGCGUCUGGAAGAGAUUAUUCCAGAUGCAACUGCUGCUGAGUCCGAUGUGACUCCCAGUGUAUCAGCGGAGAAAUAA